AUGGGUGUUCAAGGUGAAGACUUUCUGCUUGAUAUCGAAAACUAUCGCCCGGACCCGCUUGAUGUUGACAAGUGGGAAAUCUCAAUGUCGCCAGAUGGGUACCAAACAGAGUUUGACAGUCCCCUUGCAAUGGUACAACUAGCAUCACACAUGCCCAACCGCUCGUUUUCGAUUGACACUGCUGGUGGUUGGAUGCUGCUUGCCAGUUCGGUACAUCAGAUCUGGGUUGACCAGAGAGUUAAAGGGAGGUUCUUUAAAGCGCUUCAGCGAAGACAAACCGUGCAGCCGGGUAAACACAAGUAUCAAGCGAGCAUGGGAAGGGUACUCGUGCCGGUCUCAGUAUUUGUACACUGCUUGAGAAGAGCAGGAUGCAGGACACUACGUAUAAAGGCAUACGGCCAGAAGCUGCAGAUGUUGGACCGGUACAUCACCCGGGAGCCAGCUCAAGUUGACCAUCCGCAAGCCAAGUGGAACCAGUGGGAUAUCGGGAGGACAUUUAAGACCGCUUACAUAUGGUUGUGGGCUCCGGUACAAGGCAACGUUCCUCGAGCAAAAACAUAUGCCAUGGUCAUCCCAGCGUCUGGAGACUUUGGGUCAGUACGUCUGGAUAUCAAGUAUGGUGGACAUGAGCUUUCAGUCAAGGUAUACCCUCGUCUGGUACAUGUGAUCAAGUCAUUUAACAGUCGCCUCGAAGGAGUAGUGCCAAAGACAGUAUUUGGGUUGAGGAGCAGGGGAAAGGCUGCUCAGGAGGUCAUCAAUGAUCUCUCAAUGGUAGAUGAGGAACAGAUGGAGGGGUUCAGGAUAGAAGUUACGGUGCAGGCAGCAAGCUUGGCGGACGCAAGGACAAUUGUAACUGCAACACCCUUCCUCGAUCCCCGAUUCUGGAUCAACCCAAGUUCAGUUGACCCCCAGCUGGAGUACUUGAAACUAGAUGCCAAAUUAUUGAACAAAAAGACGUUGCUGUCUAAUGCAAAUUCUGUCUACACUAGAGCCCAAGUCGCAGGAAUCUUUGAUGGUGCCAACACAAACAAGCCUUCUCGAAGGCAGAUCCAAGGACUGACAGAUGUGCUCGCUUCUUUUGGGUGGAAUGCCGAUGUCCGAAAACCGACCAAGUCAGCAGACAAAGAGGCAUGGUGGCUUGAUUCGGAACCUGACAAGGUGGAG